AUGGAGUUGGACACGGAGAAAGCGUCUCACUUUGAGUUCCUAGUUGUUCGUGAAAACAGGCCAGGAAAGUUGCAAAUGAAUCAAACAAUCGCGCAGUUGGAAGAGGAGGUCCAAGGCCUAGAGUAUGGCAUGGACGCAGUGUUUGGGCUUCUGCAAGCGGCGCUGGGAAGCAAAUCCGCGGCAGAGGAGGCGGUGUUCAACCAGUGGCGCAAGCGAUUGCCGAUGAUGACGCCCAAGAAAGUAGCUCGGGAAGCUAUGGCGGACAACACGUUGGCGUGUAGCAAGCGUACGGCACGAGCCACACAAAACCUGUUCAACGCUACCGUUGAUUUGGUCCACAACAGUUUGCGGGACGAAGACCCUCGCCACAAUCGAGAGGAAGCCAAGAAAGUGGUGACUGGUUGCAUGCUCCAGUUGAAUAGCAACAACAAGCGUGUGGCCAACGGGGCGUUCCAAUCGAAGCGGGCGACUCGUCGUCGCAACGACAACCCAUAA